UUUUAAAGAAGAACUUGUCCACUACCUAGAGCGCCCAUCAUCUAAUCCUCUAAUAGAAGCCAAUCCCCAACUCACCGUGUGUCCCCCAUUCCCCUGUCCCUUGAGAGCUUAGAGAACAUGAGAGAGUCUCCCCCUCCUUCUGUCAUUCACCCCCACACCGAAACUGAUGUGCCACAAUGCAAGCCACCCCCACUCUCUUAGGAAAUAGUUUUCAUUUCCCAGCCUUUGGGGUGUGUUCCACCACUCCUCCUCCCCAACACCUUGCCUCCUGUUAGGAAAUAGCUUUCAUUUUCCACCCUUUAUUUCUUGAAAUUUGUGGUGUUGCUGGGGUCAAUUUUGUUGCUAAUUGGUUUAUGACCGGGGAGGUGUUGUUCGAGCUAGGAGGCUUUGAGAUUGUUAGGGGGUAUUCAUCUCCUUGGCCCCUCCAUACACACCCCACCCAGAUCUUGUCAAUACCUCGUCCAUGAUUGCAUCACUGAGAGCUGUAGGAAACAAGGCCCCUAGGAGUUGGUACUUUCCAUAUGACUUUGUCGCUGCUGUGCUUUGCGAUACUCCAAUCUCAGAAAUACAGCAGAAGUACGAAGGGCGCUGGAUGCCCAAGACCAAUGACUUGGAACAUGUAUUUAUGCCAAUUUGGGAACCCGUAGACGCCUGGUACGUGAUGCUGUUGGAUGUUAAGGCCUUAAAAAUAUAUGCUUUGGACGUUAGUAGGUCUCCAGAAUCUAUUGUGCGAAGGGAAUCAAACAUGAACAAAAUUCGGCAUGCUUUGGGGAACAUGUUCAUCCACAGUAGGAACAUCAUUAACUUCCGCUACACAUCCCCUGACCCCUCAAAUUGGGGGAACUACAUCUACUCAGAGGGUCUGCCGAAAGACCUGCAGAGAGUCUGGCCUAUGGUGCUUAUCAUGGCUACAACACAAAGGGGGCUUCUCUACAAAAAUAUUCCCCUACAUCGGGAACUUUGAUGAAGUGCAAAUGAGAGCUGCGUUACACAUUAUGCAGUUGACAUCAACCGGUAUCGUGCUUUCGUUGAGAGCAAGGCAAAAGUUGUUUGGCAAGAAAUCACAUCUUCCCAUGACAAGGAGUCCGUCAACAAUGAAGGCAUCUGAUGGAUUCAUAUCGCCGUAAAUUCUUUUUAACCAAAUGGCGUGCUCUGCUUUUGUGAUUCAGUGAUUUGUCAUUGUGUAGGUUAUUGGGAGAAGUGGUUGUAUUUUUUUUAGGCUACAUAUGUAGUAGUAAGAAAGCAUGCGCGCAAUGAACUCAAUGUGGUGCAUUUUAAAUUGUCAUGACAACUUUAAUAUGCCUUUUUGGAGCAACUAAACCAUGGCCACCCAUGUGCCCAGUGAGUAGCCUAAUUUUAGUUGCCUUAGCUAGGGAGCACAGACAAUCCCUCUCCUUUGCUGAAUGUUUCCAUUUGAUAUAUAUAAGGCUACAUCUAGUUACACCUUUUGGAGGUACAAUGCUGAAAAUUUCUUCAUGUUUUACUGAUAUGUGUAUCUAAUCUUCC